CAGUUCGCGCAUGCGUCCUUGUCAGCUUUUCUCGCUAGCGGCGCUGAUCUGCUCACCAACACCACGUUUGAGAAGUAAAAUCUUUGACAUAUGGUUAUAACUCACUGACGUUUCUGAUCUUUACACGAGAGCCAUCGACGUGCUUUAACAAAAAUGCCGAAAAACAAAGGAAAAGGAGGAAAAAAUCGGCGACGUGGUAAGAACGAGAAUGAAUCUGAGAAAAGAGAGCUGGUGUUUAAAGAGGAUGGACAAGAAUAUGCUCAGGUCAUCAAGAUGUUGGGAAAUGGGAGACUGGAGGCCAUGUGUUUCGAUGGAGUCAAGCGGCUUUGUCACAUCCGAGGAAAGCUCCGGAAAAAGGUGUGGAUCAACACGUCAGACAUUAUACUCAUUGGAUUAAGGGACUACCAGGAUAACAAAGCAGAUGUUAUUUUGAAGUAUAAUGCCGACGAGGCUCGGAGUCUGAAAGCCUACGGAGAGCUUCCAGAACACGCCAAAAUCAACGAGACUGAUACCUUCGGGCCUGGCGAUGAUGACGAGAUUCAGUUUGAUGAUAUUGGUGAUGAUGACGAGGACAUUGAUGAUAUCUAAAAGAAGCUGAGAAGUGAAAAUUUCUCAGUCCGAAGUGAAAAUCCUCCCCAGAAGUCGCCCCUCCAUCAUUAUGUACUCGGAGGCUCAAGUUUUAGGUUUCUCUGACUAAACACACAACUGCAUUGUCACAUUCAAUUCAUUUUGUUAUCUUUUAAUGUAUUUAUAUUGAUUUCACAUCAAGUGGAAUUUAGUUACAAGUACAGAAUCUAUGGAUUCGCAAUAAAAAAAAGAUAACCAAUUUUAUGUUUGGUCUUGCAGUCUGUAUCCUAAUAGACAUAUUCAAAAGCUCUAGAAAGGUGAGAGAAACUGAUACCUCUAGAUAGCCUCUUGUCUUUUUGAAUGUUUUUGAAAAGUCUCAUCAUUUGCUGGUCACAAAAUCGAUGCAUUGGAUGAUGCAUUUAUUCAGAAAGCCUGUCUCUGAUUUGCUCUGUUUAAUCCAUCUUUUCUUUUCUUUUUGUAUUCAAAUGAUUUUUAUUAUUUUUGUUUUCUCCAGGGCUGCUUUAUGAAAAUAAUUUGAUGUGUUACUAGCUUGACACUAAACUACAGUAAACAUCAGCAACUGAAAUAUUUGUAAGAUGAAAAUGGAAGCUUUUUCUUUUUUUUACUUUCUAAAACGAUAGCUCACAAAGCGAAUAACCAGACUGAGUAUUUUUGUAUGCACGUAGGCCGAUUAACGCAAGAGUCAGGAGAUUUUAUUGAUUGUAUUCUUGCAGAACUGGCCCUCUUGACUGAAAACGGUGGUUGUUGGUUAUAACAUGUUAAUUUUAGCUGCAUUGUUUUGAUGAGCUCACGAUGCUUGCUUUUUGUCCUCUGCUGCUUUUGAUCAGAAAACCUGUGAUUUUGAAAUAAAAUUCAACGACAUUCAAAA